UUAGUCGCACUUGACUUCCGGUAAGCGUGAGGAAACUGCCCGGAGUGAGGGGAGACUGGCCGGAGAAAAGGCCUGGUGUUCGGGGCAAAUACACGGCAGGCAGUCCCCUACUCGUGACCGCACCGCUCCCUCCCUGUGCUCGGCCCAGCAGGCGCCCGAGCACCGCCGAACGGGCGCGAGCGGAGCGGGGCAAAGUUCCCGUCGGCCCGAGAGCAGUUCCGGGGCGAGCAGGAAGUGUUGGUCAGCCGGUCAGCGGCCUGGAAUGUGGCCCCGGGCCGCGGCGUGAGUCCAGCUGUCCCGCCGGGCUAUUUCUGUCCGGUUUACGGGCGGGGUGGCGUGUGAGCCCGAGGGACGGAGAGAGGCGUGACGGUACGGCAUGGCGGACACGUACAGGCAGAAGGUGCUGCACAGCGGCUGGCUCCGGAAACAGGGCGGAGUUGUGAAGACCUGGCAGCGGAGAUGGUUUGUCCUCCGAGGAGAUCAGCUGUUCUAUUACACCAAGGAAGAUGAGAGCAAGCUACAGGGCACCAUUUUCCUGCCAGGGAACAACGUGGUUGAGCUCCCCCCCUGCCCUGAUGACCCCAGCAGGUACUUGUUCGAGGUCGUACCAGGUCCGGGUAACCAGCGCAUCAACGCCAGCCACGAGACGUACCUGAUACAGGCGGCCAGCCAAUCAGAGAUGGAGGCAUGGAUACGCGCCAUACGCAGGGUCAUAUACGCACCGUACGGAGGCGGAAUUUUUGGACAAAGUCUGGAGGAAACAAUGAGAUACGAGCGUCGCUAUGGCAACAGAACUGUACCUGUGAUCAUCGAACAGACGGCAGCGUACAUCCGGAAACACGGGAUGGCACAGGAGGGACUGUUCAGACUCCCCGGCAGCCUGACUGUAGUGAAGGAGCUUCAGGAUGUGUAUGACCGCGGGGAACGGCCAGACUUCGAGGAGCUCCAAGCAGACGUGGACUCGGUGGCGUCUCUGCUGAAGCUGUUUCUCCGCGAGCUGCCGGAGCCGGUCGUGCCCUUCGCGCAGUAUGAGAGCUUCCUGCAGACCGCGCGGCUGCUCAAGGUCAGCGAGGCCGAGGGCGUCUCGAGACUUGCACAGCUCCUCAAGCAGCUGCCUGAAGACAACUUCAACCUGCUCCGGUUCCUCUGCAGGUUCCUGUUUGAGGUGCAGCUCCAGGCCCAGCUGAACAGAAUGACAGCUGAGAACCUUGCGACCGUGUUUGGGCCGAACAUCGCGCGCCCGCUGUCGGAGUCUCCGCUAAACAUCAUGGAGACGACAGCCCUGAUCCAGCGGCUCACGCGGACGCUCAUCGCCGAGCAGGACGCCAUGUUUCCCCCCGAUCCCGCGCUCACCGAGAACAGCGACCUCAUCGAACUCGACUCCCAGGGCAGCGGCGGGGGAACCAUGGCAACGCCAACAUGGCCGACGAACUACGACAUGUCGGACGUGGACGCGAGCAGUCGGUCGGAAAGCCCGCCGCACCGCAAGUCUGUGUACGAUAACGUUCCGGUGACGGACAGCGAGUUUGACUCGGGGUCGGAGAUGAACGAAGGCGUGACGAACAGCUGCGGCUGCAUCCCGAAGAGCAUCGAGAGCGCGCGGUCCAACGGGAGCUCCGGCCCGCUGGUCAUUGGGUCGCCGGUACCGGACAACGGCGUGAACCUGACACUGUCCUACACCGAGCUGCAGAACCAGGUCCUGGCCCUGAAGAGCGAGCUGUCACGCCAGAAGUCGGAUUACGAGUCGCGGAUGCAGAAACUCGAGCAGCGCGCCGACCGUCAGGACCGCCAGGAGCGGCAGAGCAUCGCUCGCUCCAGCGUGCACGAGCUUCCCGUCUCCUCACACGACGACUUCCUCGUUCCCACGGUGGUGCCCGCGGAGGUCGACAUGACCUUGAGCUACGGCGACCUUCAGCGGCAGGUCAAAGGUCUAAAGUCGGAGUUGACGUUCCAGAAGUCUCAGUACGAAGGACGCGUGCAGAACCUUGAGCAGCGGAACGCCAUGUUGGAGCAGCAGCUGCAGCGCCUCGAACACGACAUGAAACGUGAGAGGAUGCUCCGACAGGCCGCAGAGAUCAAGUUACGCAACGAGGAACAGGCGCGGCUCUCCGCAGAGGAGAGGAACCUGCAGCUGCAGAGGGAGCUGGACGACUUCUGUGUGGCCUUCGGAGACGUGCAGGACAACUUUGGACAAGAGACUUAAGGAGACGUGCAGGAGAACUUUGCACAAGAGACUUAGGAAUGUUCGGAGAUGUACAGGACAUGUUCGGAGAUGUAAAGGACAUGUUUGGAGAUGUACAGGACAUGUUUGGACAUGUACAGGACAUGUUUGGACAUGUACAGGACAUGUUUGGAGAUGUACAGGACAUGUUUGGACAUGUACAGGACAACUAGAGGUUACUUCCUUCCGGCUAACCCUGUAACCAUUGGAUUGGUGCCAAUACUCUCCCGGUGCUUCAGCAUACUUAAGAUUAAGACAUGUUUGUGGAUGUCCAGGACAAAAGUUUAUCUGAAUGUGGGGAACGUUUCAAUAUUGCUGUACAAUUACAGCCACAGAUCUGAACUGUUCCAGCCACAGAUCUCGGCAUCAGUGCCACUUGUGAACACCAGUGAAGAUGAGGAGUGGAGUUAGCGGGGAAACUUCAACUGUUCUUCCCAAUCAGCGUUUUGGGGUAGAGAAUUGCUCUAUUGUAAUAUGAUACAAUGUCGAGUUACAUGAUACAAUGUCGAGUUACAAGGUACCAUGUGAGACACCCCAGCCUUACAGUGUAGAGUUUCAUUUUGUAUACGGAGCCUUAGACAGACUAAUGACUGAGGAGCUCGAGGGUUGCAGUUUAACCCUCAAACUACCAAACCAAACAUGCCUUCCAAAUUCCACAUGCAAACUUUACCUCACAUUAUUAGAAGAGUCUUCUAUGAUGAUUUGACUGAUAGUAUUUUGGAGCAAAGCAGUAAAUUGAAGUACUUUUGAUACAAGAAAUCAGCUUUUUUUCUACUGGAGUACAUGUAAGUACAGACCUUUUUAUACAUGUAAAGUAUAUACAUGUAGUGCAUUGCCUCAGUUUUUAUAUCUUGCAGGUGCCUUACAUUUUACAGUUAAUCCUAUUUACUAUAACGUUUUUUUUUAGAUCUUCCCAUGGUCCAUAGCCAUGGACUUUAUUUUUAGAUUUACAAUGUUACAGAGAAUUCGGACACACCUCAGAGUCUGGAACCUUUUACAGUGGAUCAAGUAUCUUGAUUCUGUGACUGUCACAUCUUUUACAACAUUGAGGUGUAAAAGAUAACCUUUAUAUGUUAAUAGGUGUAAAAGAUAACCUUUAUAGGUUACAUUUUUAUACUGUAUAUAGUCUGUAUACUCAAGAUUGUUCACAUCAUCUCUUCAGGAUGGUGGAUAGAAAAGUUUAAUGAUUCAACUGUGCAGCUUUUCUAAGUGCCAUAAAAAUAUUAAAAUGUAUUCAGGAA